CGGUACUGAUGGAAGUUAUUUAAUCAAAUCAAGAACCGCCGAUGGUUUUGCAGAAACAGAAUGCCAUAGUGCUGGCGGGGAAUCUAUUCCAUCAGGAUGUACAGGAAGUGGAUGGACGCUCAUUGGGGUAGUGGAAGGCAACAAUUCCACCGUAAGCAAAUACAGCCGUAUUUAAAUUAGAAGACGCCUUGGGUGAUUAGGGGCAUCAAAGUCCCACUAAACCAUAUAACAAAUCUAUGCACUAAACCCACUAAACCCAAUGAUUUUUGUAUGGGCAUGGCACUACUUGCGUCAUUCUGCCGGAAAUCAUUAAAUAAAUGUAUAUUAGUUUCUUUGUUUCUUGUUGCUAAAAUUCACCUAAUGGUAUCAUAUAGAGGGACUGUGACAGCAAAGAGUUGAACAACGUGAGGUCUUUUACAAUAUUAUAUUUUUUCGAAGAAAGACCCCAAUACCACAAAUACCAAAAAUCAUUUUUGGGCUUAUUGGCACAACGACUUUGAGACCACAAAAUAUAAAACAAUUUUGAUUUUACCAUCAUCCAAAGUGUUAUUAGAGAUCUUACGAUUUAGGACGGCAACGCGACGGCAACGGCUACCAAUCACAAUAAUUCAUUGAAAAUAAUUGAAUAAUUACAACAUAUGAAUAAUUUAGACAUUGUCCUCGCUCUGUUUACAACGCCAAAUCACAUAUUUUCACGUCUUGAUACAACGGCUGCAUUUCAAGCCGCAACAAGUGCAACUUCAAACUGGGUUAAGCAGAACUCUUCCCAAACAUAAAACCCAUGUCUUCAACUUCUAAGACUGUAUUAAAUUCAUACAAUUAAUAAUAUACCACGAGUUAUCUUUACUACCAUUUAUUUGAAGCAGUGGAGUCAAGUAACGAAGCAAAUGUACUUCGUGACUGUACUUGAGUACUAUUUUUGAGAAGUCAGCAUGUAAAGUAAACCUUUUCUGGAGUAGUAAUUUAAUUAAGAAGUAAUAUAACGUUUUAUUUCGCUAUUUUCAUUUUGUGGCGAAGUAUUUCGUUUCUUUUUAACUUUAGUUUAAUUUUACGUGAUUUAUUCCUUAUUUAUUUUAAUUUUGGAAUAGGCAAUAGGACCUGUACAUGCGUCUGGGAUCUAUUGUUUGUGGCUUACUUAUAAGCAUUAUUUAUUUAAUCGAAGGAUUUCUUAUAUCUUCAACCGGAACUGGAAAGUAGACCAUGCCGUGAAAUAUUGUAUAUUAGGUGCACGCAUAUAAUCUGUGUGCUGUUUUGUGUCUUUUGUAUGUCAAUCCAUUGGAGACCCCCCUCCCCUUCCCCCCCCCACACACACACACAACGUGGGGAUCAAAAAUGAAAUGUUUAUAUAAGGACAAGGUCAUUGCGUUUUUAUGGUAGGAUUCGGCCGGAAUGAAAUGCUAUAACUUUUCAUUAUCUUAGAAUGAUACAAGCUACGACUCUGCAAUUUGGACUGCAAAAGGAAAUGACCAGACCAACUUCAAUUCACAGUUCUGGAGUGCUAACGUUACAGAAGUAUGCUUGACCUCGGAUGCUUUUAGCAUUCAAUUUCCCGUCCAGGCUCCAUCACUUCGUAGUUUAUUUUUUCAAAAGAACACAUUAAAUAUAUCCAAAGACCUGUGGAUUAAUGCUUUGGAAGAUAAUAUUACAGAACCAGCCUUCGAGGAAAAUUCUUAUGAAAUUGGUUUCAACGUUGGCGAUUCGAAUCAUGUUCAGGCUCGUAUAGGAAUUGUCAGCAUAGGUAGGAGAGAGCUAUCUAAUAUAAACUGGUGGGACUUUAUCUGA